UGCUGGACAGCUUCCCUGUGGGUCCAAAAACCUUGUAUAUUUAUACAUCUAACCUGUGGCCCUCUUCCGGUACUUUCAUUCAUUCACAAUAUCCACAGAAAACUACAGUUCCAAAUUAACUCUGUAUCUUCUUCAACACCUGGCCUUGGAAGUUUUGAAAUACUGAUACCAUUUCCUACCUGUUUACAAUCUCUUCUCCAGAUGAGGCCCUCUUUAGUAGUUUUUCUUCUGCUUUUGUCCUUUCUCCUCCAGGAGGCUCAAGGGAUUCGUUUGCAUAAAGGAUUCAUGCAAGUUAGAGCUCAGAAAGUCCAGGAGGACAAAAGUUCUUUAAAAGAAAGAAGUGCUAGUGGUGAUGUACUUGUUGGCGAAGCAAUUCUCUGCAAAGAAGAGCAUUGUACAGGAAUGGGUAGGAAACUUAUUGCUGUGACAAUCUCUACUUCUAGCACUACUAUCACCGCUUCUAAGAAUGAGAAGAACGAAGGAAAUAAAGCUGGCUCCAUAUCCAAGGGGAGAUCGAGUAAAGGAGAAAUAAUGGGAGAACGUGAAAAACUUUUGGUAAAUUCUUGGCGGAAUUCUGACCAUAAAGUCAACGAGGAUCACUAUGAGGAAAUUAUGGACUUAACUCAAAUGGACUAUUCUCCAGCGGGGAGAAAAUCUCCAAUACACAAUUAAGUGCAGUCGGUACAAAUUGAUAACGAGAGAGGGAGAGAUAAUUAAGUCUUUCAAGAUAUAAUAAAGUGAAUAUAAGUUAAACAGCAUCACAGGAAUGCUGCAGCUUUUUAGGGCUAGCUAGGAAUGAUUCUAUACAUAUGAUAUCAUAUUUUAUUGAUAUUAUAAUUAUUCU